CAAACUUCUAGCAACACUUCUACGUCCACAAGCUCCACCUACACGGUCUGAGAAAAUUACAACAGACUUCAGGGGGUGUUCUAAUAUCAGUAGAAACAAUAGAGUUGAUGAAGUUGAGGUCUUGAGCUUCAUGGAAGUUAGUUAACAGUAAGUGUAAAAGUACUUUUACCCAAAAGACAAUAAAUGUAAUCAGUAAUUCUUGGAGAGCACAAAGAUAUGUUUGCCAUAAAGAGCGAGAUGCAGGUUCCAUGUACACUCAUAAAGACUGAGAUGAAAUAUAUGGGUGAGGCACAAGAAGACUUAAGCAAUAAUGUAAUACCUAAAGCAGAAAGUUCAUUUUGCUCUGCUUAUAAUGAGACAAAAUGUUUACAGAAUGAUUUCAUGCAACAUGAUAGUAUCUUUGGCCAAGAACUCCACAAUAUAAAAACUGAUCCAGCUGCAGAGACAAACUGGAAGUGUGAGAAUGUUCUGAAAGUGGAGAUGAAUUCUCAAGAUUCCACUUCUUUCAUUAAAAUUGAACAGCAGCACAGUCACAUUGUGAAGAUAGAAUGGCCACAUAUGACUGAGCAUAAUCAUAUAGUAAAGACUGAGAGAUCAUGGCCUGGCCAGGAUGCAAUUUCUCAACUUGAUAGUGAUAAUGAAUUUUAUUGGAACUGCCAAGGCGAUACUUAUGAAGUGAAGACACUGUUUGCAAAAGGACCAGUCACUCCUGAGGUCAAGCAUGAAGCUCACUCUGGUCAAGGCGUUGGUUUUGCAGUAGAGUCAGAGCAGACAAAAUCACACACUCAGUCCACAAUAAUGGAGCACUUGAAGGCACAGAUUGUACCUCAGGAGGUGGAGUGGAAUUGCAGGAAAAAUAAAGAUAUUUUAGCAUGUAUAUCAUCACCUGAACUUCAAGAUGUGGAUGUUGCUGGAUGUAAAAAUACACAGGUGAUGGAUAUUGUGACUGAAAGUCCUCAGCAUGAGAGAAAUGUAAAUGUGACAGAAGCUAGCAUCAGUACCGAGUCAGAAAAAUACCACCCUAGGGAUAUUGAAUCUCAUAAGUGCAAAGUGUGUAUGUCUUCAUUCCAUUUUUCAACCUUGCAUAAAAAACACAUGUCAGACCACACUGGUAAAAGUCAAAAGCGCAGAGUAUGUAAAGCUGCCUUCAAAACAUUAUCCAGUUUGAAAAGUCAUAUGCUGGUUCACAGUGAUCAGAAGCCUCACCAGUGCAGUGUGUGUAAAGCUGCAUUUAAAAGAUUAUACAAUUUGAAACGACAUAUGAAGAUCCACAACACAAGGUAUUCAUCUACUUUAAAAACACAGAUGAUGACCUAUGAUGGUGUUUGCUGUUACCCGUGCAUGCUAGCCUCCUCAGUUCACUUCAAGAGACCAUUUGAGAGCAGAGUAUUUGAAAAUGCAUAUGAUAAGCUACAGAGAUGA